AUGUUCAGGGUUUUUUUUGUUUUUUUUUUUGUUAACCUUCUACAGCAAUUACUUGAUACCCCAUAUUCUCACAAUACAUCACUUUUAAUAAUGAAAUUCACAAACUUUUUAGCUUCUACCCUCAUGGUCUCCGCUGCCUACUCAGCUGUUGUCCCAACUAAGAGUGAAGAAAUCCAUGUUGAUAAAAGAACUCAAUACACUCUUCAAGGUUUAGUCAGUGAAUUAUUGACUCACGCUGUUGUUGAUACUGCCUCCUUGUUCGGACAUGCUUUACAAGGUGGUAUCUUAACUCAAAAAGAGUAA